AUGGGUAUCUUUCGCCGUUUUCGGGCGGGGACGAGCUCCUCAACGAGUGGGGCUCAACCCGACCAAAAGGCCCCCGUCGAUCCUGCUAAGAGCCAGCAGUCUACGGGGCAAAAGUUUGUUAGGCGCACUCCGUCUCUGAACUUACUCAACGGACAACCUCGUGCCUCGACUGCAAGCAACGCUCCGAGCAGCCCGACAACUCCGGCACCCCUGCAGCCACAGCGGACCGGAGGGAAAUUGCCAUGGAGCUCGAGGAAGAAGAGCAGCGAGCCGCCGAGCACCGACCGCGGGUACGAUGACAUUUCAGCCCCUCCUCCACGUCCAGCAUUCUCGACCCCGUCAUCACCUUCCCUGCACUCGCAGAACGGGCGCUAUACACCGGAUCCAACAAGUGUCCCCACCAUCGCUACAACCUCUUAUGACUCCCCGUCCCCGAAGACGCCCUCACGGCAGAGCUAUGGCCCGCGGCCGCCUUCCCGCCCGCCACCACCGAGCGCGUCCGUCCACUCCCGCCCUGGCUUGACCGUGUCUCCCGGAUCGCACGCCAGCAGUAACGGCUACGCCGGUAUCAAUGUCCACCACCACCGCUCUCCGUCUCAGGCUACCGUCAUCUCCAUCGACUCUACGUUCACGGGAGGAAGCCGAUCGUCUUUAGAGUGGAAGCAAGAGGGCGGCAUUCUCGGUAAGCUUGGUUUCGAGGACGACUGGGGAGGGCUAGGUGACACCCUCCCUCUGCAAAACGCGAACGGUCAGCCUUCUGCGCCACAGCAGCGACCAAUGCGCUCCGAUCUGCGGGAAGACCCCGAGUCAACGACAUCAGCGGCGGCACGCACCUCUCCCGUGAAGAAGAUCACCACUGCUUUCUCUUCCCGAAACCCUUCUUCGACGACUAAUGUUCCAGCCGCGCCUCCUGUCUUAUCACCCACGCUCGUGGACACGACGGAAGAGCUGGAAUCAAGGUCGUUGCAUCAAGGGGACCCGCGAGACCUGCCAGAUGAGGAUAAACGCAGCAAGAUGUGGACGCGAGGGCGCAAGUCGUCACGCUCAAGAACGAGCGAUGCGCCAGAUAGCAUUCCCCCGUCUUCCCCGCCAAAGCCUCGUCGGUCAUCGUCCCAGACCGGAGACCAGUCGGCGGCUUUGCGCCGCCCGUCCUCGAACCUGUUCCACAACCCCUUCGGACGCACAACCUCGAGGUCUUCAUUACCGCUCGAUCAGGCUGCGGGUGCCGACGAUGGCAGCUUCCAGCUCAAGUCGUUCCGUCACAUUUCGGGUGCGUCUGGCGCCGACAGCAAGCUCGAUCAGUACUUCAACCUGUCGAGGUCGAGCGAUGCUCCUCUGUCGUCGGGCGGCAAUACUCCAUCUGCUGGGCCUUCCCCACGCCAUGAAGUGCCGCCCACGUACACCACGCCCCUCACGGCUCCCCCGCCCCGACCACGUCUGUCCAGCGCUGCUGGUUCUUCCGGCUCUCAGCAGAACCGAGUCAGCAUUGCCGAGUUUAGGAAGAACAUCAGGCGGCCCAGCUCCAGUAUGCUCGCCGACGCCGCAGACGGAGGUGACGAUGACGAUAUGCCAUUGUCCAUGAGCAGAGCGCAACUUCGAGCAGAGGCGGCGAUUCACCGCAACUCCUCUGCUAUCUCGCUCGGCAGCGACGCGCCGUCACCAUCGCCCAGCAUGUCUCGACUGAUGCCUUCCGUCUCCCCGAUGGCCGACAAGGAACGCAAACUGCCCGAUUCUGCCAAGCCUCGUCGGAGCAGCAAUGACCCCAACCUGGCGAGGGCGAAGCAGGAGCGCACAUGGCCUGAUUCGCCGACGGCCAGCGAAGCGUCGACUGCAGCUUCCCCAACGACCCCGACUGGUCUGCGCGAGCCAAUCCGCGGACCUCGAAGGCGCGACUCAUUAAAGAACAUUCGGAAGGCGCUUCCCCCGGCUCCCGAGCCUCAUACGAUGCCGGCUAACGCGGUUGCGAACGCUCUCAGCCAGUCCACGUCACCUGUCAAGCCUACCUUCGCGUCUGGCCUGACCGACGCUCCGGGCGAGUUGGAGGGGAUCAAGCUGCCGCCCCGCCCCGACGAGAUCCCCGACGAGCCCGUACGUGGGUCCCGGCCCCCCAGCCGAAGCACGACCUUGUCGCCUGGUCUCACUGCUGUCCUGGACGAGCCGCUUCGUCGUAUCUCUGGCCUUUGGACAGGUACGCCGAACGCGGAUAACGACGACAAGGAGGAGGCCUUCGACCCUUCGAUCAUUGCUGCCAUUGGUAACGGACCACCACCGAUCGGCAUGGGUGAGCGUCAGCGCACUGCCUCCGAGGGCAACCGCAUGAGCAUCUAUGACCGCUUGAACUCGGUCACCUCUGCGGUCUCAAGCGUCGUGCCUUCCCCGAUGGCAAUCAUGAAGGGAGAGGACCCCAACAAGCUGUUCAUUCCUCCUGUCCCGGACUCACCCGAGAAGCGCGUCCUCCCUCAGUCUCCCGCUAGCGACCGCACUGCUUCGCCAGUGCGCGUUCCUCCGCCGAUGACAGCCCCGCCUGCGCCGCCGCCGACCAUGCCGCAUUCCAGCUUCGGCCGCCCUUCGCGCAAACAACCUGAGAAGGUCCGAACUCGCAAGGAGGCUGUCGGUUGGGACACGAGCUCGGAGGAUGAGGACGAUGUCAAGAAGUCUUCGCCUGUCAUCGCUGCUCCUCGACCAUUGAAGUCGGCGAUGAAGCACCCGUCACGCACCGAUUUGAUGUCCACCAGCCCUGCUCCUGCCCCUGCACCGUCAGCGGACGACUCUGAACCUGACGAGCCCCUUCGUCAGGUCCGUGCUAGGGCUUCAUCUCGCCAGGAACUGCGCUCGGUGUCACGCCAGCAAGAACAACGACCGCCGUCUCGCGGGGAUAUGCGCCCGACAGUGAGCCGUCCGGGAUCUCGUCAGGACCUGCGCGUGGACACGGGUGUUACCAAGCAGCCGGUACCUCAUGGUCCCUCAGCCGGUCAGCCGCGCCCUAACGGUGGCCGAAGUGUCUCCUCGUCCCAUGUGUCGGCGAGCUCGCACACCACCGCUACGCCUCGCAACGCCGGCCUCACCAAGAGCUCGUCCAAGUGGUCUCUCUCAGACUCGUCACCAACGGGCUCGGAGCAGCCUUCCCGACCUCCUUCCCGUCCUGGAUCCCGCGCGAGGAUGCACCGCGUGGCUAGCAGCGACAGGCUCCGAGCGAUGCCCGGAGGCGUUCGUUCAUCGCACCACCAGACGUCACCUCCCACGGGCGGCCCGCUUGCAGCUCUCAACCAUGACGCCCGACACUCGGCCUCACCCGCGUCGUCGCAAUCGGCUCUGACGGGGGACUCCUCUAUGCAGCAGCCCUCGACGCCCCGAUCGAACACUGACAAUCGUCGAUCUUGGGGCGCGGACGCCCGUCUGCGCGUUUCGAGUGACGCCAAUGAGGCUCGUGUUCGCCCUCCCAGCCAGUUCGACUGGAUGAACGCUGCCAACGGCGCGGUUCCGCAGUUCCCCGGCAUGGACCCGGCGUACGCUGCUCAGGCCCAAGCGUACGUAUCGAAGAGCAAGUGUGUGGCUGACGUGAACAGUGCUAUGAUGAACAAGCAGCAGUUCUACCAGCAGUGGAUGGCGGCUGCGCAGGCCCACUUCGAUGACGCAUGGGAGCGUGCUUCCAAUGUGUCCAACGCCCAGACGCUCCCCGGCAACAAUCCGAUGAUGGGCCAGAUGCCGAUGGGCUACUCCUACGGCGCCUUCCCCGCCGGCAUGGCUUCCAUGCCUGUACCGCCGUCGGCCAUGUUCAACAUGUACGGAGGCUACGGGUACGGCAUGCCUGCCAUGCCUUUCCCCCAGGCUGGUAUGAGCAGCGGUAUGAGCUCUGCGAGCGGCAUGACGGGUAUGGGCGGCAUGGGCAUGGGCGGAGGCAUGUACUCGUACGCACCACCGGCCCAGUCCGUCUUUGGUGGCGAGUUCGGCCCUCCCGUGCAGGCGCCGUUCGCGACCGAGCCCGUCGCCGGUCACGGUGGCAGCGGUGGUUCGCCGAACCGCCGCUCUCGCCACCUGGACGGCGGAUCUGUCCGCCCGCAGAGCGUGGCCUCUGGUGACAUUGCAACACCUCCCCGGCGCCAACAACGUCGUGCUAGUGGCAUGGCCUUGAGCGAAGCCGGAGGCCCCGUGUCGGCGUGGCGCGGGUCGCGAUACGAGCUGAAUGAGCAGACGCCUCGCGCCCGUCGAUCGAGCCACGCGAACGCGAGCUGA